CUAAUACCUUUGGACCCGGAAGUUCUGGCAAAUCUUUCACUGAUCGGUUUGCAUGCCUCUUGCAAGUUAGCCUGUUCUCGAAACUUCACCGUUUUGAUUAAUUAAGGCAAUAACUUGGCUUCCUAGCAGAUCCCAAAGUGAUGGCUGCCAUACAGGUGACAGAGGAAACCAUCGUAGUGGGUGGGCAGACUCUGUUCUCCCGCCAGGCUAAACCUACACAACAGGCUCCUCGCCUUUCCCUCCUGCUGCUCCAUGGCAUUCGUUUUUCAUCAGAGACGUGGCUCAACCUGCAGACUUUGUCUAAGUUGGCAGAAGCUGGAUACCAUGCUGUAGCUAUUGACCUGCCAGGAUUUGGCCGCUCUAAAGAUGCUGUGGCUCCAGCUCCUGUUGGACAGCCGGCCCCAGGCAGUUUCUUGAAGGAUGUCUUGGAGGCCCUGAAAUUCGACCAAGCAGUGGUGAUCAGUCCAUCUCUCAGUGGCAUGUAUUCACUCCCAUUCCUUUUUCAGCACAAUCACCUUCUGAAGGCCUACAUCCCGGUGGCUCCCAUCUGCACAGAGAAGUUUCCUCCCACCCAAUAUGCCAGUGUCAAGACACCAGCUCUCAUUGUAUAUGGGGAUCAAGAUGCCCAACUGGGUGAAGUGAGCCUGAACAACUUGAAGAAUUUACCUAAUCACAAGAUAAUGAUGAUGAAAGGGGCAGGGCAUGCCUGUUAUCUUGACAAGCCAGAUGAGUGGCACCAGAGGCUGCUGGAUUUCCUGAAGAACAUAGAGUAAACAGCAAAUCAGCCAGCACUGGCCUAGCCAACCCAUAAUCAAUGAGGACCUAACCAGUUUUUUCUAGCAUACACAUGUAAGGAGCUGGGAUUUCUUUCUGCAGUUCCGUCAGUUAACCUGAGUGGGGCCCAGGUUGUUUAUGGACUGUCUAACCAUGAUAGACCUAAACCUAUCAGAAAGUGUUACAUCCAGAAUGCAUUCAUUGAUUCAUGAUUCAUUAAUUGCAUAAUUAAGGCAACCAGGUACAAUUUUUCUUGUUUGGGUCAUGAGAUAUUUGAAGUCAAAUUUACAUAAAAUAAUCAUUCAUAGAAAUGUAUAGGAUCUGUGCAUGGAUAUAUUAGGAGUUGGUCCUUGGUAUCAUGAGCUCUAAUGCCAAGAUUUUAAUCAUGAACAGUUUUUUUUUUUUCAAAGCUGAUUGAGUGCUGGCUGAGAUAAAUGUAAUAAAGGUAAGGCAAUGGCUGGGUUUAAGUAUCUUAUAAACAUAUGAUGAUUUAAUUUUUUUUUGACUUAGCACCCCAAAGAAUCUAUCCAUUAUAACAUAUCAUCAUGUAUGACACCGGAGUGGUGAUUAAAAUUAAAAUCCUGGUUUGUUAGCAUCAGACAAAGUUAAUAUGGCUUAUUUACUAUAGAAAAGCCAAAAUGUCAAAAUAUAUUUUUCUAACCCAUAGAUUCUUCUAUAAGCUAACUUUCAUUGAGCGCUAUUAUGUCUUUGUCCUUGUUAUCUUUAUUAGCAAGACACUUUUUGUUUUGAUGACUGGGCAUAGCGUUCUCGAAUUUGAUGGACUAUGUUGGGUUUUAAUUUCCAUAAUUCUCAUCAGGCUUGGAAACCAUGAAUGGGAAUUGUGCUAAUCAGAAUGUAUAGGAGUUGGUGUCCAUUACAUCUGGACAUCGAGUAGCAGGUUUGGAGAAAGCUAUACUGCAAUUUAUGCUAUUUGACCACACAUGUUUUUGCAUCUGGAUUAACUUCUUUAGAAUGGAAGAACCGCAUCCAUUUUUCUGUUACCAGAACCCAUAAUGGCACUAGAAACUUUGUGAAGAGCACUUAUAUUGAGGCAGAAUGUAUGUUGGCACCAUCCUCUGAUUUUAAUGAAUGUUAUAUUGGGGGAUAAAUUCUUACUUUCUCCUGCUGUUUUUCAAAGAAAAUUGACAAGGUCUGUACAUAUGUUACAUGACACUUUCACUCUUGAAAGCCUGAUUUCUUCAAGAAUGUACAAGUAUUCAUAGUGAUAAACUUGUCUUCCAAAGAGGUUAAAGGGACUAUUUAAUUAGAGCUGCGCUUAACUAUAGCUGUAGAACUAGCAGGAUUCCCUGGAUAGCACCUGUAUAGUCAAUUGAAGGAGAAACUGAUCCCACUUUUUGAACAAGAGAAUGUGAACAUCCUGUUGCACUUUCAUACUUGUUCCUUUGCUCGAAAUAUAGAUCAAAGGGAAUGCAGACUUCUGAGAAUAAGAUUGGCGCAGAAAAAUUAAUAACAAUAGUUGUACAGGUGCUGCCUAGAUUUCAGGUGAGUUCCUGCUGUACCAGUUUUGAUUAUCAAAAUGGAUCCAUUUGUAAUCAAAUAAACCUGAUUUAUACCUGUU